AUGGGAGCUCUUUGCUGUAAACAAGAUCCUCUUGAUUUGGGUGGAGAAGUCGAUCUAUCUCAUUUUGUAUUGUUGCGCUCGGUCGGCAAGGGUGCAUUUGGCAAAGUUCGGGUUGUCCAACACAAGGGCACUAAACAAUUGUUUGCUCUCAAAUACAUCAACAAAACCAAAUGCAUAGGCAUGCGUGCAGUUGACAAUAUCAUAAGUGAACGCCGUUUGCUCGAGAAAAUCAGUUAUGGCCUGACAGUAAAUAUGCGUUAUGCGUUUCAGGACGACGAAAAUCUCUUUAUGGUAUUAGAUCUCAUGCUCGGUGGCGACCUUCGUUUUCACCUCGAUCGGCUGGGUACGAUACCUGAAGCAUCUGUACAGUUUUAUGCAGCACAGGUGGCACUCAGCUUGAAUUACCUCCACAGCAAAAGGAUCAUUCAUCGUGAUCUCAAGCCAGACAAUAUCCUGUUAAACGAAAAUGGACACGCACAUAUCACAGAUUUCAAUAUCGCAGUUCGUUUCCAAGAAUCUAAACCGCUGACAUCAAUUGCAGGCUCAAUGGCCUAUAUGGCACCCGAAAUACUUCAAAAAAGAGGUUAUUUUGCUGCAGUAGACUGGUGGUCAUUAGGAGUAGUCUGUUUUGAACUUUUAUUUGGAAAGGCAAUACGCCCUUUUAGAGGCAAAACCAAUGAAGCUCUCCAGAAUGCUAUUAUGUAUGACCCACUUCGCUUCCCAGAGAAUCAUUCUAUAUCAUCACAUGCCAUCGAGUUUUUAAAGGCUCUCAUGACACGCGAUCCUAAUAGCCGACUUGGAUACAAUGAACAAGGCUUUGCGCGUUUCAAAGCACAUCCAUGGAUGCAGGGUAUGCGGUGGGAGUUGCUUGAACACAAACAGGCUGUUCCGCCCUUUGUACCUGAUAGAAAAAGAGCUAAUUUCGACCCUACCCAUGAACUGGAAGAGAUACUCCUUGAAGAAAACCCCCUCAAGGUUCGAAAACGAUCUCCUAAAAGAAGUGGCUCCAAUAUCAAUAUGUCACUCAAGAGCCACACGAGUGAUGCCAAUUUGCCGGAGAUGAGCCCAGAAUGGCAGCGCAUGGAAGAAAAAUUCUUGCCUUUUGAUUUUACCAAA